UGUCAAGGGGGGUGGUACAGGUGACGGUGAGUCUGCAGUUCUUUGUCAGUCGGUCAAGUAACCAGUAGACUUGGAAAUAUUUUGACAGCCAAGAAUAGAAAAAUAUGUACCAGUAUGUCCUUCCAGUCGUCUUACCUCUAGUAGGAGGCUAUAUUUUGAGUUCAGCGAUAUUAUUUUACCGUCCUGAGCUUAUUCAUACGAAGAAAAAGACAAAAUUUCGAUGUCGGCAUAUCAGUCAUCGCGGAGGAGCAGGCGAAAAUCGUGAAAAUACCAUGACAGCAUUCCGACAUGCCAUAGAGAAUGGAAGUGAGAUGUUAGAAAUCGACUUGCAAUUAACUGCAGACAAUCAAGUUGUAGUUUGUCAUGAUGAUAAUUUGUUGAGAGUGGCAGGUUUAGAUUGCAAUGUUUCUAAACUCAAUUAUCAGGACCUUCCACCGUUGAUGAGAAGAAUCCCUAUACAGUUUCAUCCAGGUGAAAUAUGCAGUCCAAAAAAUGAUGAUAGGCAAAUUCCUUUGUUGUCCAGUGUAUUUGAAGCAUUCCCAGAUAUACCAAUCAAUAUAGACAUCAAAUUUAACUCUGAUGAACUAAUUGAAAAGACAAAUCAGCUUAUAUGUGAAUACAACAGGGAACAUCUCUGUGCAUGGGGAAACGUCAACAGUGAUAUCACUGAAAGAUGUCACAAACAUAACCCGAAUAUCCCUCUUCUUUUCUCAUUCCACCGCUGUGGAAUUCUUCUCUUAUUAUUUUAUACUGGUUUGCUGCCAUUUGUACCUCUCAAGGAAUCCUUUCUUGAAAUUAUGCUGCCAAAAGUUAUGUUAAGACGUUUUGAGAUUCCAGGAUCUUUGAGGUUGAUAUGCUAUCUCGCUGACUGGUUGUUGAUAAGACCGUCACUUUUCAAACACCUCGAGAAAAGAGGAAUCCAGACGUAUCUAUGGGUCUUGAAUGAAGAUGAAGAAUUUGAACUUGCAUUUGAUAGGCUCAAAGUAGCAGGGGUGAUGACAGAUUAUCCAGUCAAGUUGAUGGAAUACUUAAAAACCAGAGAUACUAACAAUGAAUCAAAUCAUUUGCUAAAUUAAAUCACAAAUCCAGCUCCAAUUUCAAGUUCUCUUUUGCACAUUCUUAGCCUUGAUAUGUGUGAUGUAUUCAAUAUUAAUAGUUGUCUGUGGCAAUGGUAAAGGCGUGCAUAAAUAGAGGAUUUUACGUGGGCGCACGGAGAUACGAAAUUUAUCUUCAAGUGUUGAAAAGAUCUCACACAAGUGAGUGCAGCGAAUGAGUGAGAGAUAUUCAACACAAGAAGAUAAAUUUUGUACCUCCAAGCGCCCAUGUAAUAUUCUGUUUAUUAUAUAUCCAUCCAUAAAAUCAACCUAACAAGUCUUUUAUUAUUAUAAACAGUUUUUAUUUAUAAACUAAUAGCUUAAAUACACAAGGUAACUAUAUUUUCACAUGUGAAAAUAUCAGUUUUKCRAAAAGGAKAAAUAWWGGYAUUUUAUGGAUAAUCAUAUGAUAACAAUACAAACUUUGAGUUGAUCUACAAGAGUUUUGAUUAAGGACCUUUCAUUUUUUAUCAGGGAGGGAGGACUGUGGGAUUCAUAUUCCACAAUAAUCCCUCUAAACCCUCUCUUCACUUUUACAUUGUUUUCUUUUUAUUGGAAAAGUGCUGUGCAACCGGCUGGAUUCUUUGUGUCCCCAUCUUUAAUGAUGCCCCCACAAAUCCCACUCCUCCUUUCCUCCCCAGUAAAAAAGGAUGGUCCUUUAUAUUCUAAUAUACUUCAAUAUUUUUUUGUAUGUUUUGAAAAUGUAUUACUAAAUUGUCUCAAUGAUUCUGCAGUAGGUUUAUCAUAAAAAACAUUUGACCAGCUUAGUUUAGAUAUGAAGUAUUUCUUUUAUCUACUCUAGUAAAUGAAUUGGAUAAAUUAUCAUUAAUUAAACAAUUAAGCAACCCCUAACAUUACCUUGCUGUCAUAAUUCAUUAGAACAAUUAUUUGUAGUUCAUUGCUAAUUUAUAAGUGGCUCUUGUGUCACAAUUACAAGGCCCUGUCGCUCAACUGGAAUAGUAUCAUUAAUAGUGCCUCUGUGAAUAAAUCAUUUCCUACUCUGGA